AUGUCGGAACCCAGUGGAAAAAGAUUAAAAACCUGCCUCCCGAUCUGCAAAACACAUCGUGCAUUAGUCGGGAGUCGAGUUAAACAAAAUCUGCCAGCAGUGGUGGAGGAAAGUCUUUGUGGAGUAUCGACCUUAAUAAUGGAGGUCGCUUACAGACUUCAAGCACUGGCUAACAUCUUUGAACAAGAUGACCUUUCCUUGCCUAGAGUAGCAGCAUUCUUCCAUCAGGAGUCUGAAAAGGAGCAGAAGCAGGCAGAGGCCAUGUUAAGCUACCUGUCUGAACGUGGAGGAUAUUAUUGCACUAAAAAUAUACAGAGGCCUGGCUGUGAACAGGUGUGUGCCGUGUCUCAGGCUGUGGAGCUGAUGUUGGGUCAGUGGAAGGAGGAGAUGGCCAUUAUGGUGGAGUUAUGCCAGCUUGCCCGUGAACACGGUGACACUCAUUCAGCCAGUGUGGUCAAGAGCCGUUUCCUAAGCCCCCUCAUCCCAAAGGUCAAACUGCUUGGUGACCUUCUGACCAAUGCUCGCAGAGUUGGGUGUACUGCCGAGGACACAGCAGGUUUCGGAGAGUACCUCAUUGACCAGCUGCAGGAGGAGCUCCCUACUGUUUGAAC